AUGGAUUUCCUAUGGGCCAGUGGCGAGACACAUAUUGGCACGGGGGUAGAGUCACAGUUCCACUACUCGCCCCGCGUCCACGAUCGAUAUCCGGGAAGCAAGGUUGUUACUUGUCUAGAUGCGGGAACCUCCAACCAGAGCGACACGGCGCGAUACAACUGCGUGCCAACUGACAGCUCCAGCAUCGCGUCGCUCACGAGCCAGACGCCCUCUAGCACGCCAGCUAACAGCCACCUGGAGGAUUCAUGCGCAGACUUUUCAGGACUAGACGGCCUGACGCUCACGGCACGCGAGUUCCUAGCCACAGAGAUGGAGCUCGAGUACAUGAAGGCCUUCGUGGACGCCAUCGGCGCGUGCAUGGACUCGCUGGGCGAACACAAGUUCUUCAGCCAGGUCGUGCCGUAUCGCGCGCUCGAGUCCCCGGCGCUGCUCAACGCGCUGCUCGCGUGCGGCGCCAAGCACCUCUCGUUCGGCGCGGACAGGAGCGCGGGCGUGAACCCAGACCCAGAACCGGAGCUGCUCGGCAACACGGCCGCGUGGUACUACAACGCCGCGACAAUGAUGCUGGUGCGCCAGCUCCAGAACCGUGACUGUGACGUCGCCGAGUGCGCCGUCACGUCCCUGGUGCUGCACGUAUACGAGGUCAUGGCGGGACAGCACCUGAGCCACGGGGCGGGCGCGCGGCUGCUCAUCCGGAACCUCGAGUGGGAUGCGCGGAGCAGAGCCGGCAAGGACAAGAGCAAGGGUAAGGGAAAGGGCAAGGACGGGGGCGAGGGCGUUGGGGCGGCGUGCUUCUGGUUGAGCGUGGGCAUGGAGGUGCUGCAGUGCCUCGAGCACAAAUGGGUGCUGACUUGGGACCCGGAUGAAUGGGGACUCGAGUCCGAGUGGGCGAUGGCUGAUGGAAGCGACGACAUGGAGGCGGGACAGGAGCUAUGGAUGCAUAGGGCGCUUUAUGUCGUGGCCAAGGUGGUCAACUUCCGGGCCACGAGCUCGCUAUACAUCGACACGGACCCCCACGAUCAGCAGGCCAGGCUGAGGAGCGAGCUCGCCGUGUGGCAGGACCUGAAGCGCCUCUGCGACAGAUGGAACGACUUGUGCCCGAGGUCCAUGCGGCCGGUCGCAUAUCUCCCCCUGGGCGCGGCGAAACAAGAGUCAUCGUUUCCAAGAUUUUGGUUGACGAGAGACUCUGCGACUCUGGGCCGGCUAUUCUACCACACAGCCCAAUGUAUCCUGACACAAAUGAAGCCCCUGCAGCCUCCGUCCCUGACCAGGGAGAUGAUGGCUCUCCAACAUCACCACGCGCGCCAGGUUCUUGGAAUUGUUGCUAGCAACAGGGAGCGCAAGGUGAUUCCCAUGGUCAUGCAAGCCAUCGUGGUCGCCUCGCUGGCACUGGUAGACCGCGCCGAGCAGCUGGAGGCCCUGUCGAUACUCGAAUCCAUUCCGGGCCGAGGCGUUGGGUAUAUGCGGGAAGUGGAGCAGAAGCUGAAGCAUUCUUGGAGGUGGCCUCUUGCGGAUAGCUUCGCAGGAGUCAGGGGCGCUGAUGCGUACAGCGACCGAGGUGGUGAAGCGACCAAGCACGCAACACAGUGGCAGAGACCGACUAUGCGCAGCCCACGGGACAAAGGGAUUCACACGGUAAACCCGCUGAGCUCUGCCCGGAUCGACCACCCCCAGAGGCCAUACAAGACCUGGUACCGAGCGGCGGGUGGGUGA